CAAGAUGUCUACUGCUCCUUCCUCAAUUCCAACAAAAUACCAGACUGUGUACAUUGCUGAGUCAGAGAAGAAGGGUUUCAACUCAGGGUCACUGAGAUUUUCCUACAGUCUUAGCCAGAAUGAAAAUCCAGGCCCGGGAUCGUACAAUGUUGGAAAAGGACCAAAUGCUGACAGUGUUUCAUUAUCAUCUAAAGGGACGGGAGGAUUUCCAUCAAGGGUAUCGAGAAAUUCGCGUGUUAGGGCAGCGCGCAGUCCGGCCCCUAAUUCUUACUACAUACAAGGUUCAUUGCCCUCAAAGAAGGAUUUUAACAAGAGUAACUCCAGUAUGUUUCAUCAGCCUGUUGCUCUCAAGGUGGAGGAUACAAAACAUAAGACACCAGCUCCAAAUCAGUACGAUGUAUCUCAAAAUUUUUGCCAUCCAAAUAAUAAUGUAUCUGCACAUGCAGCUUUUGUCUCAGGAACCAAGCGGGAUUCUGUACAGCUGAAAACUUUGAAAGGACCUUCACCUUGUCACUACACAAUAAAUUACUCUCUAGUUAAAGAAUCUCCAAAGGUCCUGGUUUCAUGCUUCAAGUCAAAGACUGCAAGGGAUGGUAUGAACAUGACCUCAGAUUUCCCUGGGCCAACCAGCUAUGACCCAUAUGGAUCUCCUGAAACAAUAAAGAAGACUGUUUUUCCGAAGAAGCAUUACCUCUGUUUCUCAGCUCCUGCAGUUCCAAUGCCUAAGACACCGAUAGCCCCAGGCCCCGGACACUAUGACCUUGUGGAUUAUGAAGGACCACUCAAACACUACAUUUCCAGUGCUGCAUUUGUGUCAAACACAAGUCGUUGGGCAGGAGAUUUUUCUGGAGCAGAUGUUCCUGGACCGGGUGCUUAUCGUCCUGAAGUCCCAGGAAAACAGUCUUUUCUUUACAACAGUGACAAGAAGUGGAUUCCCGCAUAGGCCACACACAAAGCUUAUCUCUAAUGAACUGCAUCUAAAGAGCACC